CUGCAAGCUAUUUUGACGGAACGUACCUUCUGGAAACUUCGAAGCACAACGAAGCCUCGCAGAGUGUGAUCGCGGGACUUGGUUUCUCUACUCUGUUCGCGCUCCUAGGCGCACAGGUUCUCUAUCUGGGUGCGGGAAGCAAGUUUCGAUCGGC